UUGAAACUUUAUAAUCUUUACUGCAAGUGGUUUCUUUUGCACGAGCUUAGCUUUCCCUGAAAAAAGUUAGGGUUUCCUCACAGAAAUGGUCAAUCCCCUUGAGAUUAGCUUGGGGUUUUCUGUCGGAAUCCAUUAAAGCUCCAUCCUUUUCUUUCUCAUUUCCGCCUUUUCUUCCAGCUCCGAAGACUGGUCGGUACUUCUUCUAUUCCACAACAUCUCAGCACCAAUCAAUUUCUGAAUACAUACAUAUGUGUAUAUGUGCGUGUUCUUGUUUCACUGAUAUUUGAGAUUGAACUUUUGAAGGGCAACAGAGAUAUAUUAAGCUAAAUAAAGAAAAAUUGGUCAUUAUUGGCGACUAAAGCGGAAUUGGCUAUUUUAUGGAGUUGCUUUUUCGGAGACGUACAUGUGAAGCAAAUUAGUGUUUUCAUGCUCUCCACAACUGUUCACUUCAUCAAAUGCAAGCUUUUACUGCGUGAACAUGGGAGUUUCUGGAUCGUGUUCUUCUUGUUUUUGCUACUUGCUACUCAGAACCUGUAAAUUGAUCUUUUAGGGUUGUUCGACAUACUCAAUUUUGGCAGAUUAAAGACAUCCAUUAUGGUUACUUUUGAUGCUUUGACUUCACAGCUCUGGAGAUGUAAUCAUAUUCAGAGUCGAAUUGAUUGGUAUCUGUAGCGGGUUCGACCCAAGCUUAAGGUCUCUUUGACCGUUCUAGGGUUAUAUAGUUGUAAUUAAAGUAGGUUGUUUGAGCGUAGUAAGGUUUUUAAUGAUGGAGGAUAUUGGGUUGUUUAAGCAAGGGUGGAAAUGGUUGCAAUCUGAAAAGCAUUUUUAUUCAGUUGUGCAAACUACCACUAGCUGUUUCAGGGACAAAAUUGGGAUUUUCAUAGAGCGUCACUGGCCGAUGGUUUGCUGUGGGUGUGCAAGACUAGGAAGCGUUCUGCUCUUCUUGUUGAUUCAUUGGAGGGAUUGCAUUUAUCGGGGUGUUCGGUCAUUUCUUGGGCUGGGUUCAGCAGCACUGCUUGUUAUUAUGUGGAGUUGCUUUCUUAGUUUGACAUCAGUGUCUUGCCUCGUCUAUGUACUUCUUAGUAUGGGAGCUGCUGGUGCUGCUGUUCGGUACUUGGGUUACACUCCUGGACUUUUUAUUGUGGGGCUGUUUGCUAUUUUAAUUCUGUGGAUGUAUGCUAACUUUUGGAUAACCGGUACAUUGUUUAUAGUUGGAGGUUAUCUGUUUUCCUUGAAUCAUGCACGGUUGGUGGUGUUGAUGGCAACUGUAUAUUCCAUUUAUUGUGUCAAAGUUCGAGUUGGAUGGCUUGGAGUUCUUCUCUCAAUAAACCUUGCAUUCCUCUCAAAUGACACAUUGAAUUACUUGCUCCAAUGGUGUGACAAUAUGAGUGAAAACACACACUUUGAAGAGCACAAACAAUCAGAGUCAUCGACGGAAGAUGACUUUUCUACCGGGAGUGACUAUUCUGUUUCUACUGAUGAAGCUGAAAAGUUGAACUCUUGUAAAUCAUCCAGCAAAAUGACUGCUACUUCAUCUCAUGUCAGCAAGCAAAAUGAGUCUUCUGUUGACCCAGUGGUAAAAGAAGAUGCAAAUUCAAUGAAUGAAAUGAAACGGAUUUUGAGUACCCUUGAUCAUUAUGAAGCACUUGGAUUCUCCCGUCACAAAAAAAUUGAUGCUACAUUGUUAAAGAAGGAGUAUCGGAAAAAGGCCAUGCUUGUGCACCCUGAUAAAAAUAUGGGAAGCCCGCUAGCAAGUGAAUCGUUCAAGAAACUUCAGUGUGCAUAUGAGGUUCUUUCUGAUUCCACAAAGAAGAGAGACUAUGAUGAGCAACUAAGAAAGGAGGAAUAUAAGAGCGUCUCAGAAAAGUCACAUACUACUACACAUCAGGAUAGACCUGAAUAUUGCUCAGAAGAAUCAAGACGUAUACCAUGCACAAAAUGUGGCAAUUCUCACAUUUGGAUUUGCACAAAUAGGACUAAAGUCAAGGCAAGAUGGUGUCAGGAUUGCUGUCAAUAUCAUCAAGCCAAGGAUGGAGAUGGAUGGGUUGAAUACAAAGGGUCACUUGUCUUUGAUCGGCCUCGAAAGGUGGAAAUACCACGUGCUUUUGUUUGUGCCGAGAGCAAGAUCUUUGAUGUGUCAGAAUGGGCCAUAUGUCAGGGAAUGGCUUGUAAGCCCAAUACCCAUCGGCCCAGCUUUCAUGUAAACAUGGUUGGAUUGCAGAAAGGUCAGAGGUCUAACUCAAGCAGGUACUCAUGGGAUUUGGAUGCUGAAAUGAUGGUUGAAGAGGAAGAAUUUGAGCUGUGGCUUCAGCAAGCUCUAGCCUCUGGCCUCUUUUGUGAGACAGCCAAGCGCAGAAAGACUUGGAGUCCAUUCAAGUUGCAUCAGAAGAAAGGAAAGAAACAAUGGCAAAGAUCUUCAUGAAUGGCAAGAUCAGAGGGGGUUGCAACCAUCCCCGCACACUACCACCACCAGAACCACCAACAGAGGAAAAGAGAAAAACAGACAGAAGACAUCAUAAUUCAUGGGAUGCCUCAAUGUGUUCUCCAAAGGUGCCUGAUCUUAUCAAAGGAGAUGGGAUGAAAGAUGGUUUAGGGUGGGGUUGAGAAAUAUGUGAAAACUACUAGUUUUACAAAUUAAUAGUGUAAAUAAGUUUUUAGAAUUUUCUUGCAGCAUUUUCUCUGUUGCAGAUUCCACUUCAGUUUUCUUAGUGCCUUUACCAUUCACUUGGAAUAUUGUGAGAGGGAACACAACUGAGUGAGUGUCUGUCCAUGUACAUUGAUGAUACCGUUAAGCAUUCUGCCUUGUAUUACGCUGUCGUAAUAAAAGGAGAGAAAAAAAGGGAAUUUCCUACCAGUACCUUCUGUUCAAUUGGAUAUAAACUGCAAUCUGAACUAUGA